ACUCAUCGAUUAAAAGUCCAAAGAGGACAUGUCAACAGCGACGUAUACUAAUUGCUAACGGUUCUUAGCUCUUUUACUUCUUAAAAAUCGUUUUUUUUUUGUUUUUUAGUAAUUACAGAUCUCGAAAGAUGUUGACUCUACUCGUAAUUCUCCUGUUCCUCGCUGCCAUCGUAGCUUUCCUCUUCAAAUUCGCCACAACCGAUGGGGAUUUUACUCUGAUUUCUAAGGGCCACGCGAAGCGUGACGAAAUUGAUGGCAAGGCUGUGUGGAUUACUGGUGCAAGCCGUGGAAUUGGAGAGAUUCUCGCAAAACAGUUUGUGAAUUUAGGGGCAAAGGUGAUACUAUCCGCCCGUAAUGUAGCAGAGCUUGAACGAGUUAAGAAUGAACUUGUUGCUAAGUAUCCAUCCAGUAGAGUUGAGGUAUUGCCAUUGGAUUUAGCAUCUGGUGAAGAGCCUCUUAAAGAAGCAGUGCAAAAGGCAGAAUCCUUUUUUUCUGGGUGUGGUGUAGAUUACAUGGUACAUAAUGCGGCUUUUGAACGUCCUAAGAUAAAAGCUUUGGAAGAGACUGAGGAAGGUCUUCGGGCAACUUUCAAUGUAAAUGUCUUGGGGACAAUAAAUCUGACUCGACUACUUGCACCUUACAUGCUUAAAAGAGGAAAAGGCCAUUUUAUCGUGAUGAGCAGUGCUGCAGGAAAAUGCCCUUCACCCGGUCAAGCAAUGUACUCAGCAUCUAAGCAUGCUCUAAAUGGAUAUUUCCAUACUUUGCGUUCUGAGCUAUGUACUAAAGGUAUAAGAGUUACUGUCAUUUGCCCUGGGCCAAUAGGGACAUCCAAUUCUGGAUCGUCUGAGAAGCGUGUGUCAUCAGAAAGAUGUGCUGAGCUGACAAUUAUUGCUGCUAGUCAUGGGUUAAAGGAAGCUUGGAUAUCAUAUCAGCCCGUCCUACUAGUUAUGUACUUGGUGCAAUACAUGCCAACAAUCGGUUAUUGGCUCAUGGACAAGACUGGUGUCAACCGACUGGAUGCUGCAGCAAAAAAAGGCAACACUUACAGCUGGAAGUUGAUUUUCGGUCAAAAGAAGAAAACAACAUGAUUUUUUCACCUCUUGGUUUCAACUUAAAUGACUUCUUGUAUAACGGAUGCCCAUUAUAAACACCGGAUAUUCGAAAAAUGUAUAUGAUGCUACUUCACAUAAUAAUUACCAAGUUGAAGCCUAUAUACGAAUUGUUGCUAUAUUUGUUGAACGUUAUUCUGAA